AUGGACACGGGUUACGGGCUGCACGGGACGGUCGAAGGCAAGCAGGUUCAAAUCAUCAGUGAGAUAGCAGAGCCAAGGCGGGGCCAUGAACGGCACGUGCUGCACCCACCGCCUCAUGCGGACCCUGGACAUGUGUGCUAUCGAUUGGAUGCUGGAAGUCUCCGGAAAACUCCGAAACACUCCUGUGAUGGCGAAUCCGACAUGAUGUGGGUCAGCGCCUUCCCUUUCUUCUUCUUCUCCGCCACCUUCUUACACCCAGGCGAUUGUGGAAAUCGCUUACGAGCAGCGAAAAGGCUGUACGAUGAUUUGCUCAGCGACUACAAUCGUCUCAUCAGACCCGUGUCGAACAUUUCUGACAAACUCACUGUUCACCUGGGGCUCAAGCUUUCCCAGCUCAUCGAUGUUAAUCUACGGAAUCAGAUCAUGACCACCAAUGUCUGGGUAGAACAACAAUGGAUAGACUACAAGCUGAGCUGGGAUCCGAAUGAAUACGGCGGGGUGCAAAUGCUCUACGUCCCCUCGGAACACAUCUGGCUCCCUGACAUCGUCCUGUACAACAAGUACGAGUCUUUUUUUGCCAUCAUAACUGCUGAUGGUAACUAUGAAGUGACGCUGAUGACGAAGGCCACACUGAAGUACACUGGAGAAGUUGAAUGGAAACCCCCAGCCAUUUAUAAAAGCAGCUGUGAAAUGGACGUGGAAUGGUUCCCAUUCGAUGAACAAAGCUGUACUAUGAAAUUUGGGUCAUGGACUUAUAAUGGCUUCCAGGUAGACUUAAAACACAAAGACCAGAAUCCGGGAAGCAACAUCGUCCCAAUAGGUAUCAACUUGAAGGAAUUCUACAAGUCAGUCGAAUGGGACCUUCUAGAGGUGCCAGCUCAGCGCAACGAGGAAUACUUUCGAGACGAGGAAUUCUUCCCCGCCAUGGAUGUCCCCUACCCAGACAUCACUUUCAACGUCACUCUGCGGCGGAAGACAUUGUUCUACACGGUGAACCUGAUCGUGCCGUGCGUGGGGAUCUCGUUCUUGACCGUCUUGGUGUUUUACCUGCCGGCGGAUUCCGGGGAGAAAGUAUCGCUCUGCAUCUCUAUCCUCGUGUCCCUCACCGUGUUCUUCCUCCUUUUGGCUGAGAUCAUCCCGCCGACUUCGUUGGCCGUACCCUUGCUAGGAAAAUACCUUCUCUUCACCAUGAUCCUCGUCACUCUCAGCAUCUACGUCACUGUCUGCGUUCUCAACGUACACUUCCGCAGGUCUUCCACUCACAAGAUGUCUCCCUGGGUGAAGCAAGUAUUCAUCGAUUUCAUGCCCCGCUUGUUGCUAAUGCGGCGACCCGAGAUCGCCAAGCACAGACCCUUGGAAGAGGAGCUCAAAUACCUAGACUACGGGUACAAUGAACUGGAUUUCAGGGACUCGUACAUGAUGCCGAGAAUCAAUGGACCUGGAGGAGAUUCUUCGCCUUUAAGAAGCCUCAGAUUGGGGAUCCGAGAGGAGCUCUAUCAUCAAACCGGCGAAGACCUUUCCAGCUCCAGGAGAAACUAUUCCCCUGAUAUCCUCCGUGCUAUAGAAGGGGUUCAGUUUAUCGCCCAGCACAUCAAGGACGACGACGAAUAUAAUGAGGUACAAGAAGAAUGGAAGUACGUUGCCAUGGUUUUGGAUAGACUUUUCCUCUGGGUCUUCACCAUCGCUUGCGUCGUCGGCACUUGUGGCAUUAUCCUUAUGGCUCCGAGUCUGUACGACACGAGGGCUCCGAUUGACACCCAGUUGUCGGACAUCGGACGAAGUUUCGAGCACUUCGCCGUUUAGAUUCGACACCUAUCCAGGGAUGCAUGGAUAACGUCUUCUCCAAGUCUUCUCUCAAUCCCAAAUCUUGAUGCCAAAACAAAUAACCAAAGUUGAUUGUAGGAAACAAGAAUAGCUUACGCUUUCUCUUCUCUUCUCGGGCGCCUGUUGCCAAAUUCGAUUUUGAGGUUUAUUUCACUUGAUUGUGUUUUCUAUAAAAAAAAAUUGAAUUUUGUGCUCCAAACUUCAAGAGUUUCCUGGUAGACAUGUGACUGAGUAUAAGUGAUGAGUUUUUACUAUUUUUUAAAAACAACAUGUGAUUUUGGAAUAUGAGGCAUUGUUGAAAGCAUGUAGGAAUCUGAUUAUCAAUAAAGUUAUAUGUUCGAAGCAGCAAAA